UGCACCGGCUGCCACCCCACGACCAAAUGCUCCCAUCCGCGGUAGUAUAAAUCCGCCAUCACCUUUCCGAUGCUUUAGUCACGACGACGCCUGACCGGCCUGAUCAAUCCAACGAACGAUCUUCUCGCCCACACCACACACGGACGAAUGGACAUGGAGAUGGAGAGGAUGAUGGGGUGCCAGAUCCCGGCGUUCGGGCUGUGGAACUACUGCAGCGACCUGCCCAUCACGCAGUACUUCGACCUCGCCAUGCAGGCCAGGCUGCUCAAGCGCCACCGCCGCUGCUGCGACGCCGGCGGCGGCCUCGUGCUCUUCGGCGCCUCGCCGUCUCCACGCAAGCCGCCCCAGAUCAAGGUGAUAAGGAGAGAAGUCGGGGAGAAGCAGAGCGACGGCGGCGAGCUGGGCGGCGGCGUGACCGGGAGGGCGGCUGCUGCCGGCGCGACGAAGCGCGUGGCUGCUACCGGGGCGGUGGACGAGGACCUCUACAAGGUGCCACGGCCGCUCGCAUACCAAAAACCUCGAAAGAUGAGGAAGGUGGUGUGGAGCUUGUGGAUUGGGUGCCUGGGGCUUGACUGCAUUGCCUAACAAAACUGGGAGCAGCUUAUCAUCUUCAAGCUUCAUCUGAAUAAUAGUGUACCAUGAAGGCGUUACCUGUUCGAUUUGGCUGUACUUCUCUGUUCGCCCCUAUUGUCUGGCUCUACAACUAGCUUCCACUUAUCAACUGAGUGUUCUAUAUAUAACUCUUUUUAGAAGUUUUCAGUAACACUGUACUAUCUGUAACUUGUGUGUGUAUUACUACCAAAGGAACAUGUCCUGCAUUUUGAUUUCAUGGAUGCGAAAAUUUGCAAUAAAGCUCCCGAUGGCUAAAGCCAGCACUUUUGUUCA